AUUUUCCUCCCAGCCAGAGGCGGCCAUUUACCAAAUUUCAGAGUAAGCCACGAACAACUUUUGACCUGGACUUUGACUAGUAGGGGUUCCAGGAAUGAAGGCGCUGGGUAGAAAUUUGGAACGGGUUCCGCCAGGAAUUUUAGGAACAAAGAUUGAUAUGAAAAACAAGUUCAGAGUCAGAGUAGAAAGAUAGAAUGGAUGCUUGCAAAGAGCCAUUAUUUUAAUUGAUUUUCAAAAGAAUUACAUGUAUUCAAGCCAGAAUCUGAUGUAAAUAAAGAGAUGGUCCUCUUUCAAAAACAUUUUAGUUCUGAAGAGUAUCAAGAUUUAAAUUUGAUCAAGAAAAUCCUCUUUCUCAGAUAUUUAGAAACCAAUAGCUUUCAUUGGGGAGGUAUCAAUAAAAAUAAGUGUUUUAAGAGCUUCUUCGCUGCUUUAUUUCCUAAUAAAGCAUUAGUGCUUGAAUUAAGAGGAGUCCAAGAGCCACUUGUAGACAUUUCUCUAUGCUUUGGAGGAAUUAUCAGGAAUAGUUCCAGAGUUACGAAAAUGAUUAUUAUUCAGACAUUUAGAAUCAACCACCAUCAACUUAAGAGACUAAUUGCUUCUUAUAGUCAUGUGACAAUAAUGGGGCUCGCCAGUUGUAAAAUUUCUGUGCCAAAUGUUUUAAACUUUACAGGAUGAUUAAGGAAUUCAAAGAUUAAUAAACUAGAUUUAACUGGUUCAGGGAGCCUCCAUUACUCUGAUUGGAAGAAAAAUACUGAGCAAUUCAAGAAUUUGAUUAAAGGCUUAGCAACUUAUCCAGGAAUGAUGAUGAGUCUCAAUAAAAUUGACAUUACUUAUAGUACCUUAAAAGUCGAAGAUGCAAGAAACAUUCUGACAGAAAAUGAGUUCGAAGAUACUAAAAUAAUUUCUUGGGAAUAAAGCUAAAACCAGUCACUAUUAAACAGAUUUCUG